AUGCCUUCUUCUUCAUCAUCCCAUGUUGUUAUCUUUCCUUUCAUGGCUCAAGGCCAUACUCUUCCAUUACUCGACCUAUCAAAAGCUCUUUCACAUCAACAAAUCAAAGUGACCGUCAUCACCACCCCGUCAAAUGCUAACUCAAUGGCCAAGUAUGUUACUAAUCACCCUGAUAUCAAUCUCCAUGAAAUCCCAUUCCCCACCAUUGAUGGCCUCCCAAAAGGUUGUGAGAACACAUCUCAACUUCCUUCAAUGGAAUUUCUCCUUCCUUUUCUUCAAGCCACCAAAGAACUGCAAAAGCCAUUUGAACAGGUACUUGAAACAAUGAUAAAAUCCAACACCCCUCCUUUAUGUGUUAUUUCUGAUUUCUUUCUAGGCUGGUCACUUGCUUCAUGUCAAGCAUUAGGUGUCCCUAGGUUAGCCUUUCAUGGCAUGGGUGUUCUAUCAAUGGCCAUUAGCAAAUCAUCUUGGGUACAUGCACCCCAAAUAGAUUCAUUGUCUAUGUUUGAUCCUGUUGACCUGCCUGGUAUGAGACUUCCCUUCACUUUAACUAAAGCAGACUUGCCUGCAGAAACCGUGAACUCAUCAAACCAUGAUGAUCCCAUGUCUAAAUUCAUUGGAGAGGUGGGUGAGGAUGAUGCAAAGAGUUGGGGAAUCAUUGUUAAUAGCUUUAAAGAGUUAGAAGAGAAUCAUAUCCCAUCUUUUGAGUCUUUUUACAUGAAUGGGGCUAAGGCUUGGUGUCUAGGCCCUUUAUUUUUGUAUGACGAAAUGGAGGGUCUUGAGAAAUCCAUUAACCAAAGUCAAAUUUCCUCCAUGUCAACACAAUGGCUUGAUGAGCAAAUCACACCAGAUUCUGUGAUCUAUGUUUCAUUUGGUACUCAAGCUGCUGUAUCAGAUUCUCAGCUUGAUGAGGUAGCCUUUGGCUUGGAGGAGUCAGGCUUUCCAUUCUUAUGGGUUGUACGUUCAAAGUCAUGGUCUUUACCUGGUGGCGUGGAAGAGAAAAUAAAAGGUAGAGGUUUGAUUGUAAAAGAAUGGGUUGAUCAACGCCAAAUACUAUCUCAUCGUGCAACAGGCGGGUUCUUGAGUCACUGUGGUUGGAAUUCGGUCCUAGAGAGUGUAGCAGCUGGUGUGCCGAUUCUGGCUUGGCCCAUGAUGGCUGAACAAUCUUUGAAUGCAAAGCUUAUAGUGGAUGGACUUGGAGCCGGGACUAGUAUCAAAAAGGUGCAAAAUCAAGGCUCUGAAAUCCUUGUUUCAAGGCAAGCUAUUAGUGAAGGUGUGAAGGAGUUGAUGGGAGGACAAAAGGGAAGGAGUGCACGGGAGAGAGCAGAGCCCUUAGGCAGGGUGGCUAGGAGGGCGGUGCAAAAAGAUGGGUCGUCGCAUGAUACCCUGAGCAAGCUCAUUGACCAACUUCGUCGAUGUUAAUUAGUAGAGCAUAUGCUAAU